AUGCCCUCCAAUGCCCUCCAAUGCGCUUUGCAUGUGUGGCUGCAGGUGCCGGUGGAGAGGGGCAAGGCAGUGUCGCUGAAAACCCUCAUGGCGGAGGACACUCCCUUCAGGAGACGCGUGGAGAGGGAUGCAAUGGUGAGUGCGGUGUAUUCCGGUGCUGUAGUGCGGUGCAUUGCGGUGCUGUAUGCGGUGCAUCGUAGUGCGGUGCAUUCCGGUGCUGUACUGCUGCAAUGUGUGGAGCUGGGGCAGCUGUUGGAGGGCACCAACCGCUCCUUUGGCGUGCAUGCAGCCGGCAUCAUCAUCUCGCCCGCCUGCUUCCCUCUCUCCCAGGUGGUGCCAGUGCAGCACGCACCAGGCAACCCGUCCGCCCUGGUCAGCCAAUACGCCAUGGACGACGUAGAACGGCUGGGUCUGCUCAAGUUUGACAUUCUCGGCCUCCGCAACCUCACAACGGCCCACCUCGCCCGGCUCCUCGCCCAGCGCACGUACGGCGUGACCCUGCCUGUGAUAGAGAAGCUUCCCGUGGAGAAUCGCGCGACGUUUGAGCUGCUGUCAGGGGGCGACGUGGACGGGGUGUUUCAGCUGGAGGCGUCUCCUGGGAUGAAGAAGGUGGUGCGGGCGCUCAAGCCCUCGUGCCUCGCGGACAUCUUCGCCAUUGUCGCACUCUAUCGGCCCGGGUCUGGUGGAUCGCUACAUCAACAGGAAACACGGCCGGGGGGUACUCCCUGGGGCAGGCGGACAUCUCCACCCCCUUUUGCUCCAUCUCCACCCGCACCACCCCCUGCUCCCCCCACCAGCCCUCUUGACGCAGGUCUGGUGGAUCGCUACAUCAACAGGAAACACGGCCGGGAACCAGUCUCCUUCCAGACCCCUGCACUGGAACCCAUAUUAAAGGAGACGUACGGAGUGCUGCUGUACCAGGAGCAGAUCAUGCGCAUGGCACGCGACCUGGCGGGGUAUUCCCUGGGGCAGGCGGACAUGCUGAGGCGGGCCAUGGGGAAGAAGAAGCAGGAGGAGAUGGUGGCGCACCACGAGCGGUUUGUGGAGGGCGCUGUGGAGAGAGGGGUUGAGCGGGCCGUGGCAGAGGAUUUAUUCGAACAGAUGGUGAAAUUUUCACAGUAUUGUUUCAACAAGUCCCACAGUGCAGCGUACGGGUAUCUCACAUACGUGACGGCUUUCCUCAAGGCCAACUAUCCUCUGCCCUACAUGGCCGCGCUCCUCUCCACCUCCAUGCUCGAACCCCCCACCCUUCGCCGCUACGUGUCGCUGUCUGGCCCUGCCACGUCAGCUGCGGACGGCGGGAUUCGGUUCGGGCUGGCGGGCAUUCGGGACGUGAGCAGGGCGGCGGCGGAGGAGAUCAUCGGGAAGCGGGAGGCGGGCGGCAGGAGGGAGGAGAAGCAGCGUGAGAAGGCUGCAAAGGAGUUGCAGAGACAGCAGGAGAGGCAGGCGAGGGAGGAGAAGAAGGAGCGGGAGAGAGUGGAGAGGGAGCGGAAGAGGGAGCAGCAGAGGAUCGAGAGGGAGCAGAAGAAAUUGCUGCAGGGGAAGGGGAGAGGGAGCAAGCAGGAGGGUGCUGUGGUUUUGGAAGCUGCAGCUGGUGUUGAUCCCAGCAGUGCAUCCAACGGUGCAGUCUUCACCACCUCUCCACCUCCUGCCACGACCCCGUCCCUCACUUCAACCACCACCACCGCCAUCCCCGCAUUCAUCACCCCCCCUCCUCCCCCACUCCCCCCAUCCGUCACAGCAGCACUCAUUCUGCGACGGCCCUUGCAAGAAGAGGAGAUGGUGGAGAGGCUAGCACAGGAGAAGGCGCUGCUAGGCUUCUACGUCACACAACACCCCGUGGAGGCACUCCUCCCCUCCCUCCCCACGUUGCUCUCUCUCACGCCCCUCGCCUCCUGUGCCCACGUUGGCUUGACGAAGUCUUUAGAAGAUAGUGCGGCGGCGGCGGCGGCGGCUGCGGCGAGAGGUGGCGGGAGGAGAGGGAAGGCCGGUGGUGGGAGGGGUAAGGGUGGGAAGGACGGGCCGUCGGUUGCGGUGGUGGCGAUGGUAGAGGCGGUGAAUGUGCGCAUGACUAAGAAUAGUAACAAGCAGAUGGCGAAUCUGCAGUUGGACGAUGGCACGGGGCAGCUUGAGGCUGUGGUGUUCCCGGACGUGUUUGCCAGGUACGGGUCGAGCCUGAGCAAGGGUGCGACGGUGCUGGCGUGGUGUACUGUUGAUGUGGAGUUUGAGGAUACGCAACCUGCUGCUGCUGGGAGUGGUGAUAGCAGCAGCAGCAGCAGCAGCAGCAGCAAAGGAGAGGGGUCGGCAGAUGGGGCAACCGGACAGGAAUCAUUGUCAUCUUCAGCAGCAGCAGGAGCAGAAUCAGACGCAGAAGCACAAGAUGACACCUCCCCCGGACACACCCUCCCCCUGGCACCCCCGUCCCUCAACCGACUCCAGCUAAUUGUGCAAGCCGCUGUGCCCACCAUCACAGCCCAGUUCGUGCGUAUAGACGUGACUGAGGAGGAAGCAGGAGAUCUCGAGCACGUGCACGCACUCAGGUCCACGAUUCAGCAGGUGAGGCGCGAUGCGGACAACAGGCACGAAGCACGGGUGAUGCAGCAGGACGUGCAGAGGGAUGUGGAGCCCCAGGUGCAGCAUUGGGUGCGGAAGCAGAGGGCGGGUGCUGCGGGGGCCGUGCCGGUGGUGUUUCGUGUGUGGCCUCACACUGAUGCCAUGCCUAGGGAGAUUGUUGCCAAGAAAGGUUCGACUCCGUAUGGGGAGUGGGCGGGUGAGGGGUGGGGGGGGUCUGGCUGGGGUGGUGGGAAGCGGGAGGGAGAGGAGUUGAGAGGGGAGAGGGAGAGCAGGAAACCGAAGCAUCUUAUACGGUCAGACGAGGUAUUCUUUGUGGAGGACGCGGAGAGGGCAGUAGAGGAGCUGGGUUAUGCGGGGUACCGGGCACGGGUGGUGCCGAUUUUGUCGCAUGAGUGCUGGGAGAAGAGGAGGGAGGAGGGCCUGUGUGGGUACGAUGAGCAACUGGUGGAAUAG